CAAGAAAGCUUCAUUAACACACAACAACCUGCUUGUUAACCUGGAAAACUUGCCAGCUUGAAAACCAUUUGUGAAAAAUACUCAACUGUCAUCAAAAGAGAAAAACAUGGCGAGUUUAGAAAAAGAGUUGUGCAAAAUUACUGAACUCAUCGAGAAAAGCACCAUAAUUGAAGAAAGAAAUCCUGCUCGAUACCGUCUAAAACUGAUUACACAUGAUUUGGAUCCAUCUGAACCAUACAGAAAAAUGACCUUUGGUAAGAGAGACUCAAAGAAACCCCAUAAAACCCUUCUGAUGGUUGGAGAAACAGGAACAGGAAAAACAACCCUGAUCAAUGCUAUAGUCAACUACAUGUUGGGUGUAAAGAGAGAAGACAAGGUUUGGUUUGAGAUCACAGAUGAUCAGGGUAACUGGAAAGAUCACAGCUCGACAGCCAUCAUCACUGUCUAUGGUGUUUAUGACCAAAAGAUUCCAGAUGACUUAACAAUCAUUGACACACCAGGAUAUGGAAAUACCCAUGGUAUCACCUUUGACAAAGAAAUUGCCAUGAAUUUGCUUCGCUUAUAUGAAGAUGGCCUCCAUGAAAUAGAUGCAGUGUGUUUAGUUAUUGACGCAUCUCAAACUCGACUCUCUGACAGACAAAUCUACAUAUUUGAUGCUGUUCAGUCCUUAUUUGGAAGAGAUAUUGCUGAAAACAUUGUCUUGCUCUUCACACACUCAACUGGAGCUCCACCAAAAAAUGCCCUGCUGGCUGUAAAAGAGGCUAAAAUAAAGUGUGCAGUAAAUGACAAGAAAAAGCCAGUGUAUUUCCUGUUUGACAACUGUCAGUCAGACGCUGCUGAUGAAGAACAAGAAACGAUCCCGGAGCAAUCAUCAGAAGACUUUAAGGAAAAAUCAUGGAAUCUCAGUCAUAGUGGAAUGAUGGGAUUUUUUACGUUUCUUGAAAACAUAAAACCAAAAACCUUGCACAUGACUCAAGAAGUUUUGCAGAAACGGAAUCAGUUGGAAGCAAAUGUCUCCAAUCUAAAGCUACGCAUUCAAGUGAUGGACCAAAAGCAAAAUGAGCUGAAACAAACUCAAGCAGCUCUGGAGAUGAACAGGAAAUAUGUAGAGGAAAAUAAUGACUUUGAGUAUGAAGCUGAAGUUUCAUAUAAGGAGAAGAUUCCCAUCAGUUCAGAAUUUUGGCACUUGACCAAAGCGGCGACAUGCUGCACCGUCUGUCAGGAGAACUGUCAUUAUCCAGGAUGCUGGUGGGUCAUAAAUCUCUCAUGGUGCAGCGUGAUGAAAAAGAAUCACUGUACAGUGUGCACUAAUAGAUGCCACUACAGCAAACACGUCAAAGAAGCAAAAAUAUAUGUUGCAAAGACAAAGAAGGAGAAGAGGACAUAUGAAGAUUUAAAGAAGGGAUAUGAUGGUAAGAUUGGAGACGGUAUGUCUUUGGUCAAGAAGCUGGAAGAAGAACUGCAAGAAUUAGAAAAAGAGAAAAUAAAGCUGUUAAAUGAAGCUUAUUAUUCUGUGGAAAGUCUGGAGAUGAUUGCACUCAACACUGAUUCUCUGCUCACACUCCUGCACAUUGAUUUUCUGAUUGUGAAGUUGAAGGAAAUUAAAGAGUCUGAAAAAGCUAAAAAAUUAGAAGACAUCAAGAAGAGAGCAGGAGAAGACAACACUGAAGGAUUGAAAUACAUAAAAGGCUUCAGCAAAAAUAAUAUAUAUUGA